AUGAAAUAUAGACUCGCCUUCCGCCAACUCGUCCGAUUAUACGAUGUAGACGUCUGUUACACCCCAAUGAUUUAUGCCAAAAAUUUCAUCGAGUCAGAAAAGUGCCGAAAUUCAGAAUUAUCAGUUUGCGAAGGGGAUUCACCGUUGAUAGUUCAAUUCGCCACCGAUGACCCAUUUGUAUUAGCCGAAGCUGCGGAAAUGGUUUAUAGCUGCUCCUCAGGUGUGGACCUAAACUGUGGAUGUCCUAAGCACGACGUUCGUUCAAAAGGCUUUGGAAGUGCUCUUCUGAGCAAACCAGAGCUCCUAGCCGAUAUGGUUCGGCAGACGAGAGCCAGAAUUUCCGAUGAGAAUUUCAGCGUUUCGCUGAAAAUUCGAGUGAAUAAGGAGAUUGAAAAGACCGUGGAUUUGUGUAGAAAAGCCGAAUCCGCUGGUGUGACGCAUCUAACCGUGCACGGACGAACGCCGUCUCAACACGCCGAACCAAUCGAUAUCGAGGCGAUUCGAUUGGUAAAAUCAGCUGUGAAAGUUCCAAUAAUUGCGAAUGGAGGCAUUACGAAUCUACAGGAAGCAAUGAAUUUGGCUGAAAAAACUGGGGUCGAUGGGAUAAUGGCGGCGAAUGGGCUAUUGGAUAAUCCGGCACUUUUCGCUGGCUACGAGUAUACGCCUAGCGAUUGUGUAGAGAGUUUUAUGCGCCUAUCUCGCGAACACGGCCUCGACUGGCUUCUCUACCAUCAACACCUUCAAUAUAUGCUCCGCCCACUUCUCUCGGCUCAACAACGACGAAUAUUCAAUGAGCUGAACGGGCGGCUGGCGAUUGAUGGCUUUUUGAAUAAUUUAUUGGCUGAUUAUUGA